GGCGGGCCGCGGGCGGCCGUUGUCGGCGCAGCGGGGCCGCUGCUGUCGGGCGGGCGCACGAACACUCGCGGGGCGGGGGCCGGUAGGCGGCGGUGGCGGCGUCGCGGACGGGAAGCGGCGAGGCUGCCCCGCCUCCCUUCGGCUCUCCGGCGGCGGCCGCCGGCGCAGGACAAUGGAAGAGGCGGCAGCGGCGUUAGCAGCAGCGGCUGCGGCGGGGGGGCCGUGCCCGGCUGACCGACCGGGGGUAGCGGCGGCGGCGCUGAGCGGGGAGAACGAGGCCGAGAGCCGGCAGGGCCCGGCGGAGCGCGACGGGGACGCGGCCCCGCUCAACCUGUUGGACACUUGCGGCGUGUGCGGGCAGCCUAUCCAGAGCCGGCGGCCCAAGCUGCUGCCCUGCCUGCACUCGGUGUGCCAGCGCUGCCUGCCGCAGCCGGACCGGUACCUCAUGCUGCCCCCCGUCCUGACCCCCGCGGCCGCCGCCGCCCUCAAGGAGCCGCCGCCGGCGGCACCUCCCUCCUCGCCCGUCUCUUCGCAAGGCUCACCCCUGCACUGCACGCCCAUCGGUGUUAUCCGCUGUCCAAUUUGUGGUCAGGAAUGUGCAGAGAGACACAUCAUAGAUAACUUUUUUGUGAAGGAUACCACAGAGGUUCCCAGUAGCACAGUAGAGAAAUCAAAUCAGGUCUGCACAAGCUGUGAAGACAAUGCAGAAGCUCAUGGGUUUUGUGUGGAAUGUGUAGAGUGGUUGUGUAAGACCUGCAUCAGAGCUCACCAGAGGGUUAAAUUCACAAAGGAUCAUACUGUGAGGCAGAAAGAAGAAGUAUCUCCAGAGGCAGCUGGUGUGACCAGUCAGCGACCAGUGUUCUGCCCUUACCACAAAAAGGAGCAGCUGAAGUUGUAUUGUGAAACCUGUGACAAGCUGACCUGCCGAGACUGUCAGUUACUAGAGCACAAAGAGCACAGGUACCAGUUUAUAGAAGAAGCUUUUCAGAACCAGAAAGUUAUCAUUGAGACACUAAUCACCAAGUUGAUGGAGAAGACUAAGUACAUAAAAUAUACAGGGAAACAGAUCCAUAACAGAAUUCUUGAAGUGAAUCAGAAUCAAAAGCAGGUGGAACAGGAUAUUAAAGUUGCCAUAUUUACACUGAUGGUAGAAAUAAAUAAAAAGGGAAAAGCUCUGCUGCAUCAGUUGGAGACUCUGGCAAAAGAGCACAGGAUGAAACUUCUGCAGCAACAACAGGAAGUGGCAGGUCUCUCUAAACAGCUGGAACAUGUCAUGAAUUUUUCCAAAUGGGCAGUUUCCAGUGGGAGCAGCACAGCACUGUUGUACAGUAAACGUUUGAUUACAUAUCGACUACGGUAUCUCCUCCGAGCAAGGUGUGAUCCUUCCCCAGUGACUAACAAUACCAUCCAGUUCCACUGUGAUCCUAGCUUCUGGGCUCAGAAUAUUUUCAAUCUAGGUUCUUUAGUAAUUGAAGAUAAGGAAACUCUACCACAUAUGCCCAAGAGCCCUGUGAUGGAAGCAAACUUACAGCCACCAGGCAGUUUACCUCCCAACCAGCUCUCCAAGUUCCCGACACAGAUCAGCUUAGCUCAGCUCCGCCUCCAGCACAUGCAGCAGCAGGUCAUGGCUCAGAGACAGCAAGCUCAGCGCAGAGCAGGACCAGUAGUUCUGCCAAACCCAAGAAUGCCAGGAGCCAUGCAACAACCUCCUGCUUCUCAUCAGGCACCUCCACGCUUGAUUCAUUUUCAGAAUCAUAGUCCCAAACCCAAUGGUUCAGCUCUUCCUGCACAACAGAUGAGAUUUCCCCAAAAUCAGAACCUACCAAGGCCAGCAGUGAAGCCCAGCCCAUUGCAAAUGGCAUUCUUGGCACAGCAAGCUAUAAAACAGUGGCAGAUUAGUAGUGGACAAGCUUCAUCCACCCCUUCAACUGCAAGCAGCUCAACAUCGACUCCAUCCAGCCCCACAGUCACCAGUGCUGCUGGGUGUGAUUGGAAGAAUUACGGUCCCCCCGUGAUAGAUCUGAGUUCCCCAGUGGGCAGCUCCUAUAAUCUGCCAUCUCUGCCUGAUAUUGAUUGUUCAGGAAGCAUGACACUGGAUAAUGCUGUAAGGAAGGAUGGCACUGUAGAGCAGAAUCAGCCAAAACCUCCUUCAAACAGGACUGUGCAGUCACCAAAUUCCUCAGUACCAUCACCAGGCCUCUCAGGAGGAAUCAGUGUGACAAAUGUACACCCUCCAAUUCGUUCACCCAGUGCCUCCAGUGUUGGGAGCAGAGAGAGUUCUAGCUCCUCCAGCAGGCCACCAGGAGCUGAUUCUACACACAAAGUCCCUGUUGUUAUGUUGGAGCCGAUCAGAAUUAAACAGGAGUCAAGUGCAUCAAACGAGAGCUUUGAUUUCCCAAUUGUUGUAGUGAAGGAAGAGACGGAGGAGGAAUCCCGGCCUCGGAAUUCCAUACUUACUUCCUUGCUGCUGGAUACCAGUCACAAUUCGUCUUCCGAGGAAGCUGUGCUAAGAACAGAUGCACCAGACAGCACAGAUGACCAGCCAGGGGCACUGCAGGAGAACAUGUUCCCUGGGAAAACAGCUUGGAUGGGAUCCUCCCAUGCUGGCGAGGGCAGAAAAGAGGAUGAUCCGAAUGAAGAUUGGUGUGCUGUAUGCCAAAAUGGAGGGAAGCUCCUUUGCUGUGAGAAGUGUCCCAAAGUAUUCCAUCUUUCUUGUCAUGUUCCUACAUUGAUGAGCUUUCCAAGUGGAGAGUGGAUUUGUACAUUCUGUCGGGAUUUGUCCAAGCCAGAAGUUGAAUAUGACUGUGAUAAACCUGCUCACAGCUCUGAAAAACGAAAAUUGGAAGACACCAUGGGUUUGGCACCCAUAGACCGCAGGAAGUGUGAAAGACUGCUGCUAUACCUCUACUGUCAUGAAAUGAGUCCUGCCUUUCAAGAUCCAGUUCCUCCCACAGUCCCUGAUUACUACAAAAUAAUCAAGAAGCCUAUGGACCUGUCAACCAUCAAGAAAAGACUUGAAGUGACCAAUUCAUUCUACAAUAAGCCAGAAGAUUUUGUGGCUGAUUUCAGACUGAUUUUCCAAAACUGUGCUGAAUUUAAUGAGCCCGAUUCAGAAGUGGCUGAUGCUGGCAUGAAACUUGAAUCCUACUUUGAAGAUCUUCUAAGGAACCUUUAUCCUGAGAGAAAGUUUCCUGUGCAGCCAAACAGCCAGAGUGAAAAAGACAAUGCAGAAGUUACCGAUGACUCAGAUGAUGACUUUGUACAGCCCCGGAAAAAACGCCUCAAGGAAGACCGUCAGUUGCUUAAAUGAGCCACAUGUGUUCCUACAGAAAGUUUUUUAAAAACUGAGAAUAUUUAUCACUGGUAUCACUGGUUUUGACUUGUAGGUUUGUGAAUAUUUACUAGGCUUUCUACCCCCUGUCUGAAACACAAAUCUAAUGGAGAUCAAGACAUGUGAAGAGCUUCUCUGAAGUUCAAACCUUUCAUCUCUUUUCUGGAGCAGCUCAGAAAUUGCCAUUUGCGUGGCGUGACAGCUGUUUAAUUUUGCUUUGAAGAAGUUUGUAUAGAAUUGAACUUCAAAACAUAACACGAGUUCAACAUGUGGCUUUCUGAAUUUAAAGAAAAUGUGAUCUCACCAGACUUUUAUUUUUACCAAAGGCAUGUGGCUGGCCAUAAUUUGAUCUCUCUGUACUGUAUGUAACACAAACAAUGAAAAAAGAUGGUAUAAUGUUAUUGUCUUGCAGUACUGGUUGAUACAAUGAAAGUGUAGUUGCCCCCAAAGAAGUUACUGGGAAUUUUUAAAUGUAAGGGAGAGGAUACUAAAAAUAACUUUAAAAAAAAAGGAAUUUGUGUGAGAGUUUCUAACUGAGGAAGUAAAGGACAGAAAAUUUUGGUUUACACCAUUUUUCUUAUCACCAGCAGGAAACAAUGGUAUUUCUAUACCAUUUUGUUUAACAGGUGUCUCAAGUGUGACGUACCUCUGUUAAUGAAGUUGGUGGGAAAGUCUUAAAUGGAAAAACGUUUGUUUGCAAAAGCAGUCAUUUUUGUGAAUUUUUAAAGAGGGGAGAAAAAGCAUCCUUUCUGUGCACAAUCUCUUGUUCUUUUCCCACAUUUCUAAAUAUGUCAGAAUGCAACCAGUAUUCACUCAGGAGUACACAAGUUUGAAGAGGAAGAUAAUGUUCUUCAGCCCUCCAUCUGUCCCUGAUCACCAGAAAACGAAGAUGAAUUACCUUAAUUUGUUCCAUCUACUUUCCAGGAGCUCUGACAACUUGCUUCUGCCCUUGGAGUGCACCUCCAGUGGGACCCACCUGUGAAAGCUUUCCAUCAGUUCUGUGGUUCCAGCUGGCUCCCUGGAGAACUCCAAACUUAAUGCAAACAAAACUUCAACUCUAACCUUUUAUUUUAAGGAAUCUCCAAGAGCAUUGCUUGGGGUUUAAUUUCUGUGAGGGAAGAGUCCCUUGACUUUAACGCUGCUGAUGGGUGAUGUCCCCAGGCUGGAAGGGAAGGGGUUUGGGGGGGCUGGGACACCUGGGGGUGUGUGGGAGCUCCAGGUGGUCGGUACCAGGAAUUGCUCUCUGAGGCCCUCCACAAACGCACUGUGCCGACAUUCCUUAUGAGCCUGAGCUUGGCUCAAGUGCUUGGAGCAGGGUGCUGACAAGGCCAAGAUUCUGAAUUCAAUCUCCACAUGGAUCAAUCACUUAUCACUGUUUGACUUGGCGAUCCUCGUGGCUCCUUCCAACUCAGAAUCGCCUGUGCUCCAGAAAUAAAGAGCAAACCGUUUUCACUGGCUUUUUAAACCCACGGGAUUUCCCAUUUUGUGGAGUACGAGCCACAGAGAAAGUGGGGGAAUUGAGGGAGAGCAUCAAGUCUCACCCAGCAGGUGUUGGAUGAGCGGCUGGAGCAGGACCGAGCCAUAGCGGGGCUCCGGUCCCACACCGGGCGCAGUGCCCGCCCCUGAGCGGCUCCUCCCGCCCGCGGCGAUCCUGCCCCGCUCGAUCGGCGAGGGCGCGGCGGGCGUGAGCCCCCGGGGUUUGGGCACGGGGGACGGGGAGGAGGGCGCUGCUCUGCCCGGGAGGGUGCGGUGACCUCGGGGUUCCGGGGCGGUGACCUGCGGUGACCUCGGGCACCCCUGGGGCGCUGCUGCCCGGCGGGGGGCGCUGCGCUCGCGCCGCCGCCCCACGGUCCUGUCGCUUCCAGCUGCGAUCCAGCGCCUGCUCCAGUGAAUCGCCGCCAUCCUUCUGGGCCCGGCCCCGGCUCCCUGCGGCCACACUGGGACCAAACCCGAAGCAGCGGCGUGACCCAAGCCCCGCGCCGGCCGAAGCGGGUGUCUCGGAGCGGCUCCUCCCGCCCGCGGCGAUCCCAGUCCUCAUCCCAGCCCAAAUCCCGCACCCCACCCGCCGAGGGAGAAACAGCUCCUCCCAGGACCCCAGCAGACAUCGGCGGGAUCCGGACUCAGAUCUCCGGGCCCGGAUCCUGGUGCCGGCCCCACUUCAAGGCCUGAAGUCCCGCAGCAUCCCCCACAGCAAGGCGGGGGGGGCGCGGAGCCGCCGGCAUUUAUGGGCACAGGUGCGCGGGGCCCCAGCGCGCCUGCGCGGGGCGGAGUCGAGGGGAUUUAAACCGCGGGGCGGAGGCCGCGCAAGUGUUUGGCUUUCGGUUCUUGCUGUGGGAGGGUGCAGCCGGGCCGGGCUGGCCUCUAUAGCUCUCUUUACAUUUCUUAUACGUUUAUUUUCUUCUGUAGUUCCUUUUCUCUAUACCUCUCAUUUUUCACUCCCUUUCUCCCUUCCCCAGCCGCGCCUUCCCCUUCAUCCCCCCAAGCCGGGUCCCCCCUACCCCCCCAUGCCACUACACACCCCAACCCUACCGCACCGCUCACCCCGGCUCCUCCUGUCCCCUCUCCAUGAUACCGCCCCCCAACCAUCCUCCUCCUUCCCCCCAACAUGACUUCAGUUCUCUCCCUCCUUCCCCCCAGCCCCCUGCCCUGCGCACCCCGACCUGCCCCCCACCUGCCCUGUCCUUUUUUUGUCAAAGCGCAUGCGCGCGAUGCCGCCAUCUUUGGGCGUGCGCGAAGCAGCGUUGCUAAACCACCAUUUUUUGUGCGGAAUCACGUGACUUCCGACCUUCGUCGCCACCUUGGGUGCUGGCGGAAGCCAUCGCCAGCUAAGCCGCCAUCUUCGGUGUGGUACAGUUAAGGUCCCCCGCUCCUCAAAAGGGCGUCUGUCUUUUCGGCGGCCUGAAAUCCCCACACUUGACUCCUACGCCGACCCGGCGCUUUCAGAGACAUUUUUCAUGAUGUUUCCCGGUGUGGGAACACGGCUGGUGGCGUCAACGGCGCCGGGGACUGGCGGGAGCUGCGCAGUGGGAAGACGGACGCAUCUGUCUGCCAUUUUGAGUGUGGCUCAACUCCGGCCGCCUCUCUGUAGUGUCCUGUCACGUGAUUUUCUUGCCACUUCUGUCGUCUUGGGGGUGGCGAACUGCGGCGUCCUUUUUCGCGCCGCCAUAUUGAGAGUGGCACACAGGCAGCUCCAUCCGCGCCGUGCCCGCCCGGUAUCCCCGGCCCGUGUCACGGUGCGGCCGCGCUUCUGCCGCCCGGCACAACCGGCGCCACGUCCGUCAUUCUUCUCAGUCACCGCCUUGCACUCCUUUCGCCUGGCCCCGCUCAUGGUCCUGACUGUUUGCACCCUUGACUCGCCUUCACCCCUCCGCUCUGUUUCUAGACAUGGCCUCGCUCGGUCCCGGCUCUUGCUCUUCCCGUGCUCGGCAGCCGCGCCAGUGUCCCGUGUCACCCAGCCGGGAACAGCGGGGACGGUCGGGGCGGUGUCGGAGGCGGCAGCGCCACCGCACAGCUCAGCCGGGGGCCGCGACCGUGUGGGGUGGCGAGAGAGCGGAGGGAAAAGCUGGGAUAGAGCGCUUUUUAUUUCCUUCACCCCGAUCAUAUCUUCUUAUGUUUUCAGGCACUUGAUUGUUUCAUUCAUAUAUAAAAACGUUAUGUCAUUACUUUCAAACCCUA